GUUGGUUUGCAACCAGCCAAUAAACACGCUGAAGAAGAAGAAAUCAGCUGAUAUGAAGGGAUCAUGAAAACAUGCUCAAUUUAAGAUAAAAUACAACUAUCAUAUUGGUGUAACAUAGUUUAGUUUAUUUAAUUUAUAUAAUUUGUGACUUUGAAUUUAUUGUAGCUUUAGUUUUGAGCCUUUUGAUUGGGUAAAUAAGGAAGUUCUCUUUUUGCUUUACGCUAACGUCACUUAUUUACUGUCCUCACAACCAGGAUUGAUUACUGAUAUAAACUAACUACUAAAAGUAAGUGAACGUGUAUUGAACUUUAGCAGACAUUUUUGCUAGCAUGGCUUCUUCGUUUAAAAUCGGAGAGAGAUUUCAGGAGAAGGCCAGAGAUUUACUGGAGAGAGAAUCUUCCAUAUCAGAAGGGCUGAAGGAAGAGUUGAAUGCUCUGAAAGAUCAGUCCAUCAUUCCGUUCAAGACUGUGAGAAAACUACACAAGCUUCUUCAAGAAAAUGGACAUCCAGUGUAUCUUCAUGAGCUGUUUGAGAACAGCGCACUUCAUCUUCCAGAAGUCAUCACACCUCCAAGGAACCCCCAGCUGGUGGCCCGCCUAGAAAAAAUAAAAGCAAAGCUUGCCAAUGAAGAAUAUAAGAGAAUAACACGGAAUGUAAAUCCACAGGAAAUGAAUAAUCAUGGAAACCUAGCAGACUUUGGAAGAGAAGUACGUUCCGUGAAAGCAGUUGUCAUUACUGUAUUCAACUUCCUGGUAACUGUAGUUGCAGCAUUUGCUUGUUCAUACCUGGGCACCCAGUAUAUCUUCACAGAGACGACAGCUAGAGUAUUAGCUGCAGUGAUUGUAGCAUCUGUUGUCGGUCUUGCUGAGCUUUAUGUUCUCGUCCGGACUAUGGAGGGAGACCUUGGAGAGCCCUAAUAUCAACUAACAUCAUCCAAUAUUUCCAUAUGUUUUGUGUCAUUCUUUCUAUACAGCUUACAGUUGUUGUUUCUUAUUCUUCCUCCAAAUCCAAACAGUGAGAUGUCUAACAGUGUUUAACAAAUUAGUCUUGAUCUAAUAAAAAGUAAAAGGAUUUUGCAAAAGAAUCCUUUAAAUUAAAAUAUACAAGUUUAGAAUCAUCAUUUUUUUGUAAACCACUUCAAGACACCGCAAGGUAUAUUAUGAUCAUAUUGUUGUCUUAAUUUCCACAUCUAUCAUCUUAGUAUUUAUUGGACAGUCUUGAUUUGUGCUUUGACGUUUAUUGUAAUUGUUAUUGGCUCACAAGACACAUAGUGUGGGAAAAUGUAUUUUUUUCUUUUUCUUCUUUUUACAAGAAAAUAAUAAUAAAAAGCUUCCAAAAAGCUCA